CGCAACACCAGGGACCGUAUCGUACUUCUUACUCGUGCGAAAAUGGAUCGUCCAUCACUCCAUUUCCAAGCUAACUUGGAAGGAGAAAAAACACAAAAAACUUUCCCUCUCUGUUCUUCACAGAUAACCAGAGUGAACAAGAAAAGCUAACGGUGAAACCAAAUCUUAUAAUAGUAAACCGUCGCCGUGUAACUAACUGCACCGUUGCCUCUAAAACGCGCCGUUUAACUGCACGGUUCUGUCUGCUAUGAGGUUAGGCUUAGCUCUAUUAUGCGUUUCUGCUCUAUUUCUUUUUCUCGCGGCAACCGAGUCGGCUAACGAGUCGGACGCGGCGGUGGGGAUAAAUGCAACAACCGAGUCGAAUAUCACGAAUUCUUCUAGAUCCAAGGAAGAUAGCUUUGCUGAUAUUAUUGAUCGCGCUUUGGAGAAAGAGUUUAACGAGACUGAUCCGAAUGAAUCAACUGAUCCCGGUAGCUUCAAUAACAGUGUCGCUGGACAGCAGGCAGUUUUGGAAACUGUUGCCAGAUUUAAGUCAAAGAAAAAUGAGACCAAGGAGGAGAAGUCUUUUCAGUUUCAUGAUGUUUUUAAUUUGGAUAAUGAGAAUCGAGCUGAGGAUACACCCACGCUGAUCGAUAGCAAGGACAAUGUCUUUAUCAUAUCAAAUCCAAAAUCCAAGUACCCUUUGUUGGCGCUGGAUUUAAGGUUGAUAUCAGAUCUAGUAGUUGUCAUUGUAUCUGCAACUUGUGGUGGCAUUGCAUUUGCUUGUGCUGGACAACCGGUUAUUACUGGAUAUCUGCUAGCAGGAUCAAUUAUUGGGCCUGGGGGCCUGAGCUGUGUCAGCGAAAUGGUGCAAGUCGAAACAGUGGCUCAGUUUGGUGUGAUUUUUCUUCUUUUUGCGUUGGGCCUGGAGUUCUCUGCAACAAAGCUUCGUGUUGUUCGAGCAGUUGCUGUUCUAGGCGGUCUUCUCCAAAUUUUCCUGUUUAUGUGCAUGUGUGGAAUAAUAGUUUUGUUUUGUGGUGGUAAACCUUCGGAGGGAGUAUUUGUUGGUGCUUUCCUCUCUAUGUCAUCUACUGCGGUGGUUUUGAAAUUCUUGAUGGAGAAAAAUAGUAUUAAUGCACUUCAUGGUCAAGUCACUAUUGGGACCCUUAUCCUGCAGGAUUGUGCAGUCGGUCUGCUGUUUGCUUUGCUUCCUAUUCUUGGUGGCACUUCUGGUGUUCUUCAAGGAGUCAUCUCCAUGACUAAAUCGUUGGUACUGCUAGUAACGUUUUUGGCUAUCUUGACAAUAUUAUCACGAACUUGUGUACCAUGGUUUCUGAAGCUAAUGAUCAGCCUGUCAUCACAGACAAAUGAACUCUAUCAAUUGGCAUCUGUGGCAUUCUGCUUACUUGUUGCAUGGUGUAGUGAUAAGCUGGGUCUGAGCCUUGAAUUGGGAUCUUUUGCUGCGGGUGUUAUGAUAUCAACAACUGACCUUGCUCAACAUACACUUGAACAAGUUGAACCCAUUCGCAACUUCUUUGCGGCUCUCUUUCUUGCCAGCAUUGGGAUGCUAAUACACGUUCAUUUCCUAUGGAAUCAUGUUGAUAUUUUACUGGCAGCUGUAUUAUUGGUGAUCGUCAUAAAAACUAUUGUGGUUGCAACCGUUGUUAAGGGAUUUGGAUACAACAAUAAAACCUCGCUUCUUGUUGGAAUGUCUCUGGCACAAAUUGGGGAAUUUGCUUUUGUUCUCCUUAGUCGUGCUUCUAAUCUUCACCUAGUCGAGGGUAAAUUGUAUCUACUGCUGCUUGGCACAACAGCUCUGAGUCUGGUGACUACACCAUUGCUUUUCAAGUUGAUUCCUGCUGUCAUACAUCUUGGGGUACUAUUGCGAUGGUUUCCUCCUGAUAGUCCAAGUGAGAUUGGAUAUAAAGGAGAUAGCUUUCGUGCAGACAGUGCUAAGCGUAUUACCUUGAUGGUCCAAGGCUCUCAUGAUUCAUGAUAUUAACUAAAACAUGAAUCUUGCAAAUUUCAGCAUUUACCUGAUGGGCUUCUUAUACUCUGGAGGACAGGUGCACAAGAGUGCAAAGGAGGUUGACUGAGUGAGCCAUUUUUUUUCCCUCUGCAAAAGCUCUUCGUGUUGCCUACUUCCUGACCAGUAGGGUCGACGAUAGUACUCGGUGGAGAUCAAGAGCUUGGUAGAUACGGAUUCAUAUGCCAAUGUACUUGUAAUUUUUGAUGCAGAUCAUCUCUCUACCAUCCAAAAUGGCGCAUUUUCUGUAACAUAAUGUCCAUUUUGUAAUGUAAUUCAUUUCAAUCUUUCAUAUCUUUUUUCUUUCGCUUUUCUUACUCCCAAUAAUUAGUUGAUCGCCCUUUUUUUCUUUACAUUUUGGUUUUUCCUCAUAUUGUAAGCCCAAAGUACGAGGCAGUCAUCAAACCCUCUGAUGUGAGAGGUGGCCUUCAUGUAAUCAUAGCUCCACGCGUAAGCACGAUUUUGUCUCACUUGGCAAUAUUUCAUGGCGGUCCAUAGAAAUAUAAUGGUAUUCAUUUAAUAAUACAGACUCUAGGUUUGUAAUUCGAA